CUCUCUCUACUCUUUCUUCACUUUUCAGCUCCUCUCUCUCUCUCAUCUCAUUUCACUUUUUCCCCCCUCUCUCUCUCUCUCUCAAACUCAGCUCCAUUGCUUCAGCUUUUCUUUACAAAAAUCUUUCACGCCUCAAAAGAACUCAGCUCCAUUCUGACAAGGUUGAACGAUCAGAUCUUGUGGCUUGAAAGAAAGCUUUUGGUUUUCUUUAACAUUUAAGCAUUGGAACUCUGUGUGAAAUCAGAGAUCUAGGCUUCCGAAGUUGGUGAUUUGUACAGAAACAUCUUAGUUUAUCUGAAAUUCGUUCUGUCAUUGUUUGAGCAGCGAAAAUGCAGAGGCCACCGCCUGAAGAUUUUCUGUUGAAAGAGACCAAACCCCAUCUUGGAGGGGGAAAAAUCUCUGGUGACAAACUAACCAGCACCUAUGACCUUGUUGAGCAGAUGCAAUACCUUUAUGUCAGGGUUGUUAAGGCUAAGGAUUUGCCUUCAAAGGAUGUUACCGGAAGUUGUGAUCCGUACGCUGAAGUUAAGCUCGGGAACUAUAAAGGAACUACUCGACAUUUUGAGAAGAAAACCAAUCCUGAAUGGAAUCAGGUUUUUGCUUUCUCUAAGGAUCGGCUUCAGGCCUCGGUGUUGGAGGUUACUGUGAAAGAUAAGGAUGUUGUGAAGGACGACUUCAUUGGUCGUGUGUGGUUUGAUUUGAAUGAGGUUCCGAAACGGGUUCCCCCAGAUAGUCCUUUGGCGCCGCAAUGGUAUAGAUUGGAGGAUAGAAAGGGUGAUAAGGUUAAGGGAGAGUUAAUGCUGGCUGUUUGGAUGGGUACACAGGCUGAUGAAGCAUUUCCAGAAGCUUGGCACUCGGACGCCGCGACUGUUAGUGGAACCGAUGCUCUUGCAAAUAUUAGGUCGAAAGUUUAUCUAUCUCCUAAGCUUUGGUAUUUGAGGGUUAAUGUGAUUGAGGCACAAGACUUACAGCCAACUGAUAAGGGUAGAUAUCCGGAAGUUUUUGUGAAGGCUAUUUUAGGGAAUCAGGCAUUGAGGACUAGAAUCUCUCAGAGCAGGAGUAUCAAUCCGUUGUGGAAUGAGGAUUUAAUGUUCGUUGCUGCGGAACCAUUCGAGGAGCCUCUGAUUUUGAGUGUGGAAGACAGAGUUGCUCCAAACAAAGAAGAAGUAUUGGGGAGAUGUGCAAUUCCUUUGCAGUUUAUGGAUAGGAGACUCGACCACAAACCGGUGAAUACUAGGUGGUUUAAUCUUGAAAAACAUAUCAUUGUAGAAGGGGAAAAGAAGAAAGAAAUUAAAUUUGCAAGUAGGAUUCACAUGAGGGUUUGUCUAGAAGGUGGUUAUCAUGUUUUGGAUGAAUCAACUCACUACAGCAGUGAUCUUCGCCCAACGGCCAAACAGCUCUGGAAAUCUGGAAUUGGUGUUCUUGAAGUUGGGAUAUUGAGUGCUCAGGGUUUGAUGCCGAUGAAAAAUAAAGAUGGGAGGGGGACAACUGAUGCUUAUUGUGUAGCGAAAUAUGGGCAGAAGUGGAUUCGAACAAGGACAAUCAUUGAUAGCUUUAUGCCGAGGUGGAAUGAGCAAUAUACUUGGGAGGUUUUUGAUCCUUGUACUGUGAUUACAAUUGGUGUAUUUGAUAAUUGUCAUUUGCAUGGUCCUGACAAAGCUGGAGGUGCAAAAGAUUCAAGGAUUGGUAAGGUAAGGAUUCGUCUUUCGACACUCGAGACUGAUCGAGUGUACACACAUUCCUAUCCACUCCUAGUUCUUCACCCAACUGGUGUGAAGAAAAUGGGUGAAAUUCAAUUGGCUGUGAGGUUCACUUGUUCUUCUUUGCUCAACAUGAUGCACAUGUAUUCACUACCUCUGUUGCCAAAGAUGCACUAUAUACACCCAUUGACCGUUAGCCAGCUCGACAGUUUGAGGCAUCAAGCUACUCAGAUAGUUUCAAUGAGGUUGAGUCGCGCUGAGCCGCCGCUGAGAAAGGAGGUAGUUGAGUAUAUGCUUGAUGUUGGUUCCCACAUGUGGAGUAUGAGAAGAAGCAAGGCUAAUUUCUUCAGAAUCAUGGGAGUAUUGAGUGGACUAAUUGCUGCGGGAAAAUGGUUCGAUCAAAUUUGCAAUUGGAAAAAUCCAAUUACAACGGUUCUGAUUCAUAUCUUGUUUAUAAUAUUGGUCAUGUAUCCUGAACUUAUCUUACCAACAGUUUUCCUUUACCUCUUCCUGAUUGGAAUUUGGCACUAUAGAUGGAGGCCAAGACACCCUCCUAACAUGGACACUCGGCUCUCUCACGCCGAUUCAGCUCAUCCGGAUGAACUUGAUGAAGAGUUCGACACAUUCCCGACUUCGCGGCCUUCUGACAUUGUUCGGAUGAGAUAUGAUCGACUUAGAAGCAUAGCUGGCAGGAUACAGACUGUGGUUGGCGACUUAGCUACUCAAGGGGAAAGGCUGCAGUCUUUGCUGAGCUGGCGUGAUCCAAGAGCAACGGCACUGUUUGUGAUUUUCUGUCUGCUUGCUGCUACUAUACUGUAUGUGACUCCAUUCCAAGUUGUGGCCCUUCUGACCGGAAUUUAUGUGCUGAGACAUCCGAGGUUCCGUCAUAAGCUUCCGUCGGUACCGCUUAAUUUCUUCAGGAGGCUGCCUGCAAGAACUGAUUGCAUGCUUUGAAGUUUGAAUCCUCAACAAAGGACAGUGCAGAGUGGAGAUUCAUUGUUCAGUUCCAGAUUUUUAUUAUCUUCUUCUGAAGACAGUAGAUUUUGUUGAAUUAUUAGUAUUGUCCAUCAUUAUGUCAUAGGGUUUUAUGUUUUGGCUUUUGAACUUCAUAGUAUAUCUGUAAUUUUGUAGGGUUUGAGCUGAAAUUAUCUUCUUCUGAACUACUUUCAUGCUUAAUCAAAUUUAGUAGUUUUUCUCAAUGGGGAAUUGGUUUGAAUUGUUAUGGUGAUGGUAGAAUAUUCUGUUUAA